AUGGGAGGCGUACAAAGUGUUGUCUCAGAAGCAGUCGCUGCUGUUGUUGAUACUGCAGACGUCGUUGGUAAAGUUGUCAUUGGGACUCGAGAAGGUGUUGGUAAAGCUGUGGUAGCUGCUGCUGCAGAUGCUAGUGCUGCAGUAGAACAUGGGCUCAAAGAAGUUGAAGUCAAAGCACAAGAAAUCAAAGAUGAUGCGAGUAAGGAGUUCGACAAUGUGUCGAAGAAUAUCACAGAAGGUGCCGAGCAUGUGGGAAAUAGUAUCGGGGAUCUAUUCUAUCCUGAUAAUCCAAAACGAUGUGCUCGAGCACAGCAGCUCAAAGAUGACAUCGAUUCGAUGAAGGCUGAGUUGGAUACCAUCACUGCGGACAUAAAUAAAUCUCUUGCGGAACUUGCCCCCGGGCUGGCUAGAAUGUUGAAAGAACAGGGCCUUUCGACUCUUUCCGAUCUUGAAGCGAAAAUUGACUCUUCCUUGCCGCCAGAGGCUUCCCAGCAAUGGAAGGACUUGACUAAACAUCUCUCCCGCGAUGUCAGUAUCGAAAAACUGAUACUGACCGUCACUGCGGCAGCAACUGCAGGUACUGCCAUUGAAGUGGUUGGAGCAGUGAUGGCUAUGAUUGCGGUUGCUGUCGCGAUCAUGGCCAUCAUAGAUGCCUCUAAGGAAAGGGAGGAGUAUGGCAAAAUCAUCGCCAAACUUGCAUUUGCUCGAGUCGACGCAAGGCAAACGCUAGAGCAAGCACGCUUGUAUCAGACCUUCGUCGGAACCCUGAGGCUCUACCUGAAGAAACCUGCUAUAGCUACCUUUGAUGAAUGGACAAAUGGCAAAUUCAAUCAACGUAUUCUGGAACUAUCUCGCUCGAGAAUCAUAUCAGACUUGUCACUCUUGGACACUGACCGUGAGGGCGGAUCUUGGACUCAGGAAGAUCCAGAUGUGACUGUACUCCCUCCUAGCGUCACUCAAUCCGCUCCAGAAGCCGUUGCUGCUGCGACGAAAGAUACGACUCAAGCUGUGGAUCCACAUGCGGCAGUAUCAGAUAGCCUUACAGCCUCUGCGGUGGUAGCCCAAACUUCUGCUCAAGACCCAUUGGCUACUGUGCGAGGUGUAACCGAAGACUCCCCCCUAGCGGUUGAUGCUGUUGACACAAUAGGUGAAACCGCAGAUAAUUCAACAACGUUUCCACAGACCGCCAUCAAGACUGUAACCUUAGGUCUCGAUCGCAAUCGAGCCGUCAAAGCCAGCUCUAAAAGGAUGUUGACGCGCGGUCAUGACAAUCAGAACGGAGAGCGUCAUGUUGAUGGCGCUGGUCACAGUCCGCAGGGCCGUGGUAAUGAUACACGGGAUCACAGUCAACCUCAAACUGACCAAGGAGGGCGCGGCAGGAGUGGAAGCCGGCACAGGGAUGGAACACAGCAAAGGGCCCGUGACGAUGGCCCUCGUGGUGCGUACCACCGACAGAUUCAGCAUCGUCAUAGUAGGAGACCAGAUUUUCGAAAGACUAUUAUGCAACUUAUCCAUUCUGCAAACAAACCGGGUGACAAGAUCCCGCCUCGAGAUUUCCGCGUCUUGAAGCAGGAAUCUAGGACUGAUUGUGUGGUUAUUGAUGUCCAUACAAAUGACGAAUGGCAUGUUCAUGCCAACUAUACCGAACCUUUACCAGAGCAUGUUGACUUAAAGGAUGCUCCAUUCACAUUCACGAAUGUAAAAACUCAGGAGCAGUUACAGGACUGUCAGAUCCUGCUGCUCGGGCAUUUCACUCGUGCGCCACGGCCUUCAGGAAGACCAUCUCGCCAACAAUUACGACAGCAAGUCAAGUCAAGGAAGCCAACUCAUCUGUCGGAGCUCGAACCUGCAAGAUCCGAACCAUUGUCUAGCAUAUCGGGCGUUGAUACCUUGGAUUCAACAACUACCACAACAUUCCCAACGCUACCCACGCACACCGAAAAGCCAUCAACUGGGUUUGAUACUUUUGGAAGUUCAAUUUUUACAAACCUACCACUUGAGAGUCUCGCUUUUGGAGACACAUUUCUGGCAAUCGACAAAGAACACCCGACUUCUAGCUCUUAUGGAACUGGUCUUGAUUUCCAACCCGAGAUAUCUAUGCUGGAACUGGAUUUUUCCGCUGGUAGUCUGAGUGAAGUAUGGUUGAAGAAAGGCAUCCAGCCGCACAUUUUUAUGAAUCGAGACAAGUCAUAUCAUCUGAAGAAACUUGCUGCCCUUAACUCGGUCCUUCUCCAGCAUUUGGCUGUGAUUGAUAAGCUUGUCUACGGCGAUUGUUGUGGAAAUAGCCCAUUGAUGGAACGUACCUUGCCAGCACAACAUUCGUCGCUACAUUCACACCAUCCAGAGAGCAACCUUGAUAUCAAAGCUAUACUCGGUGCCUUGCAGGAAUUUACGAGCAUCGUUGGCUCGUUUCUCAUGUUUACUCCGAUUACGACCGCACCUCGACUGACGCCAUAUCUAGAUACUUCUGAAGAGGAUGCAAAGUCCGACUGUUCGGAUAUUGAAUUCGACAAACGAUCGCUUCCGGAAGGGACGAGUGACACGGGCCAUUGCUGGACCGACCACGAUCUGCCUAGUGCUACAGAACAGACAAGUCGAGGUGACACUUCUUCAGGGGGUCCACUUAUUGAUUACCCUACAAUUCUGGCACUCACUACUUGCUACGUUUCCUUGGUGCGGUUGCUGAGAAUGGCAUUCUACAGGAUACUGUCGUGCUUGGAAGCUUUGUCCGAACAUGAUGCUGUGCCAUCAUACAAAUCUCUGCCACCUUUGAUUCCUAACCUCGAUCUGGGUGGAUUCUCAUUCAGCAUGCAUCGUUCGAUGCAGAUAUCAGUGUUCAUGCAUGUGGCUUUAGAUUUACUCUGGCGUGCUGAAAAGGGCAUCACUGCCGUUGCAGCAGCAGAGCGUACGGGCGCAUCCACCACCUCCAGCGGGCAUAUGGAGCUUCUAAAGACGAUGUUGAAGCAAGAAGCAGCUACAGCAGAACGAUUAAUUCAUACGAGUAAGAGCGGUGCUAUCGGUCGACAGUCCCUCAAAAGCCUGGCUGGACGAAUCCGUGAUUUGUGUAGAGGACAUGUUUGUCUUCAGCUUGAGGAAACGACGUUCCAAGUGGACACUACUGGAGCAACAUUUGAUGCAGGGAUGGAGCUUGCAGGGUGA